GCUUAACAAGCCUCCUCCCAAGGUGCACCCCGCGGCUACCAUCGCUUGGGGAUUUCUGUCUAUCGGAUUCAAAGUCUUAAAGAAGCAGCACGACACGAAUCAAGCUAUACGUGAUCUUUACACAGACAUGAUAUCAGCAUAUGAAGUGUUCAGCAAGGAUGAUAUCUUAGAGCAGCGAGAUCGGUUACGGGGAACAUAUAGUUCCUUGUUCAAGCAGACCAUUGAGUGCGCCAUUUUCAUUGAAGGCUAUACAAAAGAGAGCGGGAUAAAGCAUCUCUUCAAGAUGGAUAUAUCGGCCCAAGCCGAAAUUUUUCGUCAGGCUUUCGUUGACCUGAAGAACCACUUGAGCAUGGGAUAUGCAAAGGAGGCAGUCAUUGUCACUCUCGGUGUCCAGAAAAGUGUGGAUAUUCUGGUCAUGAGAGAACGGCUACGAGAUCUCCAUCCGCCUCAAGAGCUAGGCCCAAAAUCGUGGUGUAUGCAAGGAACGCGUGUCGCGACCAUCAACAUAAUGGUGUCGUGGAUUGCCCAGUGUGACGGCAGGACGAUGUGGUGCAAAGGAUUGGCGGGGACGAGGAAGAGUUCCCUGAUGGGAACUCUCCAUGAGCUACUCACAACGAAUUUCGGAGGACGCAGUCGGCUUGCAGCAUUCGUUCGCUACGACCGUAUCGAGUAUUCAAAAGCUAGCAAGUUAAUCACCAGUAUCGCAUACGCCUUGGGAGUGUUUGACGACCGUAUCGGGAUGGCCAUCUCCUUAGUUGUCCAGACAUUGCCAUCGGUGGCGACCUUGCCACCGUCUGCUCAGUUUCAGCUUCUACUCCGUAAUCCGCUUGAAUCCGUUCCUGAUCUUGGUGAUGGAGGACCUCUGGUUGUCAUCAUUGAUGGAUUGGAUGAGUGCGACGCAUCUGAUGAUAUGCUGGCUGUCCUCGCCGAGGGAUUCGGUCCGAAACUUCCCUUCAUGCGGCUCAUUGUGUCCAGUCGACCAGUUCAUCACAUAGCUACGGUGUUCGAGGGACAAGACUGCAUAUAUCCACUCUAUUUGGAUACCUCCUCCAAGAGUAUAGACCGUGAUAUCCAGUUCUAUUUGGAGCGAGAGCUUGCAACCAUACACGACAAUGCGUUCCUGAAGAAGUGUGAAGAGCUAGAUGCUGUCAAUGAACUGACAGCACGGGCGAGUGGUAUAUUCAUUUGGGUAGCGACUGUUGCGAAAUUUAUCCAUGCAUUUCCAGGGAUAUCAAGGUUGCAGGCUCUCCUAGACACGAAAAUCCCUAGAGACGCCACCGAGGCUCUAACAACCUUAUACUGCAAGGCUCUGGAUACUCUCGUGUCUGAACCGGGUACCAAUACGGAUAUUAAGAAGUAUGUGCGAAGCGUUUUAGGUGCUGUGUUGGUGACCCAGACACCUCCAGGGAUGACAGAGGACGUCCUUGAUAAAAUUGUCCUACUAGGCAAAGGCAGCCCUCCUUCGCGUCACAUCGUGUCUAUGCUAGGAAGUGUACUUAGCCCUGAAACUGAGGACUCGCCGAUCCGACUCAUACACAAAUACCUCGACGCUUUCUUGCAGGAUCGGAGUCGAUGUGGAGAUGAAUGGUUCGUCGAUGUCGCUUUGCACCACAAGGCAAUAGCUGAACAGUGUCGGAUUGUAUCGAAAUCAUUUCUGAAGACAUGGUCUCCCAAAAGUGAUAUGGACAUCGGAGCCGUACCGGUGUAUAUAUCCAAAUAUACAUUGUUUGGAAUGUUCUGGUAUUCCGCUUUUGACAAGAGUGACAUAGAACUAUUCACUUCCUUUUUUCCCCGGUACUUUCGUCCAUGGUUGGAGGUUGUUGUCACGGAUGGCGGCAUUCUCCAUUUUGAAAUCAUGGACACGUUCUGUCGACAACAUGGGCUAACACGCAUGCCAAUCGAAGUCGAUAUCCGCGAUUCGGACACUAUCCAUCGUGUUCUUCAAAGUUCCGCUGCGUUUUACUGUCACCUUCACCAUUCUGGCGAAGAGAGCCCCCUUGCUGGAAAGGUCACUCGAGUGUUUGAAACUCCAAGCAGUGGUACAGGGCUCUCCCUUCGACCCCUACCCCCCAAUCGCCGCCAUCCCCUUCUGGUUCCCUAUCUUCUUCCCUACCACCUUUAACCCUACCGGCAAUAACCUGAACAUCGAAGAUGUGAUUUUCGUUGAUGCCGAUAUGCAGACAAGAUAUGGAUUUAAAAU